AUGGCCCCGAGACUUCUCCUGGUCUUUGUCCUCUGUGCCACCCGUUUGCCUUGCCGUGGGGAAGAAGGUCCCCGCUCAGCGCCCAUCCAGCCCCGGGUGCAGUGCUGGUCCUCUAGGUACCCGAUCGCCGUGGACUGCGUCUGGAUGGCACCCCAGGCUGCAAACAGCACAUCCUUCAUUGCUACCUACAGGCUCGGAGUGGCAGCCCACGGGGAGAGCCGGCCCUGCCUGCGCCCCGCGCCCGAGUCCAAUCACUGCACCAUCCCUGAAGUCCUGCUCUUCUCCAUGCUGCCAUACGUGCUCAACGUCACGGCCGUCCACCCCGCGGGCGUCAGCAGCACCUUCCUGCCCUUCGUCCCCGAGCACAUCAUUAAACCAGAUCCUCCAGAAAGUGUGACGCUGAGCCCCCUUCCUGGGCGUCGGCUGGGGGUGCAGUGGAAACCACCCAGCUCCUGGCCCUUCCCAGAGAUCUUCUCCCUUAAGUACUGGAUUCGCUACAAGCAUCAUGGAGCUGUUCACUUCCGCCAGGUUGGCCCCACGGAAGCCACAUCGUUUGUCCUCAGUGCUGUGAGGCCCCACGGCAGGUACUGCGUCCAGGUGUCAGCCCAGGAACUCACCGGUUCCGGGCAGCCAAGUGACUGGAGUGUGUCUGCCAUCACAUCUGGGACCCUGGUUGGGGAGCGCAGAGGCAGCACCCCCAAAGAAGAGCUGUGUCCCUGA